AUGGAUAUAAUACUUCAGCCUGUGCCUGAACCUGCGGUAGUAAUGGCAGAACCUGUUAUGGUAGCAGAACCCCCACCUAUUAUGGUAGCAGAUCCUAAUCCACCUAUGAUGGUAGUAGACCCUUCUCCACCUAUGAUGGUAGCAGAUCCUAAUCCACCUAUGAUGGUAGUAGACCCUUCUCCACCUAUGAUGGUAGCAGAUCCUAAUCCACCUAUGAUGGUAAUAAACCCUUCUCCACCUAUGAUGGUAGCAGAUCCUAAUCCACCUAUGAUGGUUGUAGACCCUUCUCAAUCUUAUAUGGUAAUAGAACCUCCUCCUGCAGUAAUCCAGCCUGUAACAGUGGUGCAGCAGACCCCCGGCCCUGUGGUGGUGCAGCCCCAACUGAAAGAUACACCUGGGAGGACAAGGUGUCAAUUUUGCCAGCGGGAAAUUGCCACAGUCACCAGAGCUGUCAAUGGAGCUCUGACCUGGACUAUCUUUGGAACCCUCUUACUCCUCGGGAUCUGGCCGUGCUGCCUGCUUCCGUUCUGUGUAGAAUCCUGUAAGGACAUAGAACACACCUGCCCCCACUGCCACAAUAUUGUCCACGUUCACAAACGCAUGUGA